AUGGAGGAAUCGGCUCAUGAGAAAGAAGACCCCGCGAACCCAAGCGGAUCAACCAACAAACUUAUGAUGGACGCUAUGAUGACUCAAAUGAUGUCUCUUAUGCAGCGGGAGUUUGAAAGUAUGAGAUUUGACAUGGAGAAGAUGGUUUCGGACAAACCAAGAAAGAGCAGUGACCAUUCGGCUUUGGAACAAUACUACAGCAACUCCUCUAGAGCUCGUUCAUCAAGGAGAAGAGGAAGCGAUAGAGAAGAAAGAAAGCCAAGGUCUAGUGAUCCUAUGGGAAGCCUUAAGCUCACGAUUCCUGAAUUCAGAGGUACCGCUGAUCCUGAAGAAUACUUGGAGUGGGAGAAGAAGAUUGAACUUAUGUUUAACUGCCGAGACUACACCACCGAGCACAAGUUAAAGCUGGCCCCAACAGAGUUUAAAGAUUAUGCCCUAAGUUGGUGGGAUAACCUCGUUACAACCAGAAGAAGAAUAGGAGAAGAUCCUAUCGAAUCAUGGAACCAAUUGAAGGCGAUCAUGAGAAGAAGAUUUGUACCAAGUCAUUACCACAGAGAACUGCAUUUCAAGCUCAGGAGUUUAACCCAAGGAAGCCGAUCAGUCGAAGAAUAUUAUAAGGAGAUGGAAACUCUCAUGAUGAGAGCCGAUAUUCGUGAAGACAGGGAAGCAACGAUGGCUAGGUUCAUGGGGGGGCUCAAAAGAAGAAACUAUAAACCUAGCUACGGAUCCAACAAGCCAAAUUUUCAGAAGGAUGAGAAAACGAGUUUCCAAAAGGAUUUUAAGUCAUUCUCCAAGUCUAAGGGUGAAGAACAGAGCGUCAAAGGAAAAGAAGUGGUGACUACCUCCAAGAAUAGAGAUAUUCAGUGUUACAAGUGCAAGGGGUAUGGUCACUAUGCGAGUAGCUGUUCCAACAAGAAGAUAGUGAUCAUUAAAGAGAAUGGAGAAGUGGAAACUGAAGAGGAACAGUCUGAAGAUGAGGAACCAAUAGAGAUGCCUGCCCGAGGUGAACUAUUGGUAACUAGAAGGACUCUGAAUGUUCAAACCAAGACCGAGGGAAACGAGCAAAGGGAAAAUUUUUUUCACAGCCGAUGUAUGGUGCAACGAAAAGUAUGCAGCUUAGUAAUAGAUGGUGGAAGCUGUACUAACGUGGCUAGUGAGUCUAUGGUAGAAAAAUUAGGUUUGAAACUAAUGAAGAGGCCGAAACCUUACAAGCUACAAUGGCUGAAUGAGGCUGGAGAAAUGGAGGUCAAAAAUCAAGUUAUGGUGCCAAUAUCGAUAGGCAAAUACCAGGAUGAGAUUCUGUGUGAUGUCUUGCCUAUGGAUGCGGGGCAUAUCUUACUUGGAAGACCAUGGCAAUCAGAUAGAAGGGUUAUGCACGAUGGUUUCACAAACCGUUAUUCCUUUGACUAUCACGGCAAGAAAACUACUUUGGUUCCCUUAACUCCUCAAGAAGUUCAGCAGGACCAGAUCGCUAUGAAGAAGAACAAAGUGCAAACCACUUCUACAAACUCUCUAUCAACGAGCCUCAUGAUCACCAAACCAAAGGGAAGUCAACUCCCAAACUAUUUACUAGUUUUCAAAGAAUGCUUUAACCUAAAUAUGCCUACGCAGGAUAUUCCUAGCAAGAUAAGAUUACUUUUGCAGGAAUUCAAAGACGUAUUUCCAGAGGAGAAUCCGCAGGGCUUACCACCAAUAAGAGGCAUUGAGCAUCAGAUUGACUUUAUACCCGGAGCCUCACUUCCGAACAAACCAGCCUAUAGGACUAAUCCUUUGGAGACCAAAGAGCUUCAAAAGCAAGUCACCGAGCUCAUGGACAAAGGGCACAUUCGUGAGAGCAUGAGUCCAUGCGCAGUACCUGUUUUACUUGUCCCAAAGAAAGAUGGCAGCUGGAGAAUGUGUGUAGAUUGCCGAGCCAUCAAUAAUAUCACGGUGAAGUAUCGACACCCUAUACCUAGAUUGGAUGACAUGCUUGAUGAAUUACAUGGUUCUAGCAUAUUUUCUAAGGUAGAUCUUAAGAGUGGAUAUCACCAGAUUAGAAUGAAAGAGGGUGAUGAAUGGAAAACUGCUUUUAAGACUAAGCAGGGCUUAUACGAAUGGUUAGUCAUGCCCUUUGGGUUAACCAAUGCGCCUAGCACGUUUAUGAGCAAAAGCUUAGAUGAACAUGUGGAGCAUCUUAGAAAGGUUUUAGAAGUGCUUAGAAUGGAGACCUUGUAUGCAAAUUUAAAGAAAUGCACUUUUGGAACAGAUAACCUUGUCUUUUUAGGUUUUGUUGUGAGUGCAGAUGGAAUCAAGGUUGAUGAAGAAAAGAUAAAGGCGAUUAAAGAUUGGCCAAGUCCAAAGUCUGUUAGUGAAUUCUCACCAUUUGAAAUCGUUUACGGGUUCAAUCCUACUUCACCUUUGGAUCUAAUGCCUUUACCUUUGAGUGAAAGAGUUAGCUUAGAUGGAAAGAAAAAGGCAGAGCUAGUAAAAAAGAUCCAUGAGAAGGCGCGCAUCAACAUUGAGAAUAAGACUAAGUACUACGCCAAGCAUGCCAACAAGAACCGAAAGGAGAUGAUCUUUGAAGAAGGAGACAUGGUGUGGAUUUACUUAAGGAAAGACAGAUUUCCAUAUGAAAGAAAGUCUAAACUUAUGCCGCGAAUCGAUGGACCCUUCAAGAUCAUCAAGAAGAUCAAUAACAAUGCCUACCAGCUGGACCUUCAAGUGGGAGAGGAUGAUAUGAUCAAGACCAGCUUAGGAACUGAGGAGAUUGAAGGAGAACAAGGAGAGCCUGAACCAGAAUUGAAUGAAGACUAA